UUAAAAACAUAAUAAAUAUUAUAUAUUCUUAUCAGCAAAUUAAAGAUUGCCUGAUCAGCGACAGCAUUAUCAUCAAUAACCUGUAAGCCUCAUCUUUCUCAAACAGUUUCAGUCCUAUUUUGAGAAUCGGAUUAUAAAGAUCACUAUUUUAAAAAUGCGCUUUGAAGGAGUGUUUAUAUGUGUGAUAUUGGUGUACAUCAAGAGCUGUCUCUCUGUUUGUGACGAAGAUGACACCCCACCGGGUUGCUCAGGAUUUUGUUUCCGAGCUGUGAAGCCAUGUUUGUCAUAUCUGGACGCUCUUCAGAAUCGGGCAAAUGCCUAUGAGGCAUCUAUUCCAAGUGAUAUUCUGGCCAGGGAGUCCCUCAUUGACUCCAGACUGGAGGUUCUGGGAAGGCAGGUGGCGAUUCUACAGGAAAAGGAGGAGGACUCCCAAAAAAUGAUAGCCCAACUGGAGAAUAAGUUGUCGAAGAGCGGGUCCAGUAGCGCAGGCGACAUUGGCAAUUUCGUAAAACUCGGCCAAAAGUAUUAUUACAUCGAGAAGGAGUCAAGGGAAAACUGGCAUGGAGCUGUCAAAAAGUGCCAUCAGAUGGGUGGUUACUUGUCCAGUCCCCAAGGUCCGCACGAGCUUGAUGCUAUUAGUGAAAAACUGGCAAAAUGGACGGGAUAUUGGAUAGAUAUCACGGAUCAAUUUAGUGAGGGGGUCUACUGGUCCUUGAGUACUGGAAUGAGGGCCUACUUUCUGAAGUGGGAGGAGAAUGAGCCAAACCAUAACGGAGAGCAAUGUGUCGAGCUGCACACCUUUAAAGACACUCCUUCCAUGAAUGAUAACUUGUGCUCGAGGAAAAAGUUAUUCAUUUGUGAAUCAUCCGGAAGAAAUUAAUUACAUAUAAUAUAUAACAUUCAUUCAUAAAGAAAUAAAUGUGCAUCCUCUCUGGGAACAAACACUUUCUAUUAUA